UUAUAUUCCAUCACCAUGGCUUCUUUCGGUGCAUUCCUUCACAGGCAAUUCUUUGGUUCCCUUCCAACACCAAAGGCCGACCUGACGGGCCAGACGGUCAUCGUCACAGGCUCCAAUACUGGACUCGGAAGAGAAGCUGCUCGUCACUUUGUCCGGCUCGGUGCCUCAACUGUUAUUAUCGCUGUGCGAUCGACAUCAAAGGGCGACGCUGCCAAAGCCGACAUUGAGAAGUCUGAGGGCAAGACCGGCGUUCUCCAAGUAUGGCAUUUGGACAUGUCUUCGCAUCAAUCUGUCGUCGAUUUUGCUGCAAGAGUGGGGAAGGAGCUGGAUCGAGUCGACAUUGCCAUCCUCAACGCCGGAAUUGGUGCAGGCAAGUGGGAGGUGUUUGCAGAUGAUGAAUCUAUCAUCACCGUAAAUGUGGUAUCGACUUUUUUACUGGCGCUCAGCUUGCUCCCUAAGCUGGUGGACACGGCGAACAAGUUCAACAAGCGUCCCACGCUAUCCAUCGUCGCCUCCGACGUCCACUAUUGGGCCAAAUUCAAGGAACUAAGCGCGCCAGAGGGCAAGCUCUUUGAAGCUUUGAAUGCGAAACCUCAAAAGGUUACCGAUGGCUUCAUGAUGGAGCGCUACCAAGUCUCCAAGCUCAUGGAAGUAUUCGGAAUCCGCGCCAUCGCGGAUCGCAAGCCUGCAGCGCAGUUCCCCGUCACAGUAAAUUGCUGUAGUCCUGGGCUGUGCCACUCUGAGUUCGCUCGCGAUGGCGGUAUCGCAUUCGCCAUUUUCAAGUUUUUCUUGGCCCGCUCCACUGAGUAUGGUAGCAGGGCACUGGUGCAUGCGGGUUUAUCAGGCCCCGAAUCUCACGGCCAUUAUCAGAGUGAAGCAGCCAUUCAAAAACCCAGCGACUUCGUGCUCAGUGCCGAGGGAUACAAAGCGCAGGACAGAGUUUGGAGGGAGUUAAGCCAGAAGUUGGAAGGCAUCAAACCAGGUGUCACUUCAGUCGUCUGA